AUGACUGUGCUUAGAAACGUUCUUGUCAACAUUUUUCUCGUUGCUCUUUUUAGCCAGUUCAUUUCCUCAACUGCAGGUAGGUGUUUGAUUUGUUGACCAAUCUUUAGCCGCUCAAAACUGCGUCUGUUGUUUACGUCUUCGACUAGAAACAGUCGGUUCUUUAAUCUACCAGAAAACUAAAGAGCUUAUCUGUUUCCGAGUCGAGUCGCUAUUCUUUAACUGCAGUUGAAGAUAAGCUGCGAGUUUUAUACCGAAACCUUCUAAGCGAAAGUUAAUUUUCACUUUGAAUACGCCGCCGCGGAGAUAGAUCUUCAAUCUUUCCGAAACAUAUUGUCAUGCCAAUAUAAUUGUCAGUAUUUUGUGACCAAAGCAGGCGAAUAAAAUAACAUUCACUUUCACCAAUUACUAUCACUAUUUCUGUAUUUUCGUCAAGAGGAACAAUUUCAGUUUUCUGUAUGCUUUACCCGCAUUCUAAGAAUUACGAGACUUGACCUUCACCAGAUUCUCGGAAUCGAUGCGGCAUAGAACUGAGAUAUGACCGCAUGCCACAUUAGAUCUUCGUCUUCAUAAGAGUAACAACAGUAGAAAUAAAAAGUAUUUUUAAGCGUUUGUUAGUUGGUUCAGUAUGAUCCACCGUAGUUAAUCGGCUAUGAGCCGAGCGAUUUUUUCAGAAAAUUUCCUGAAGUCUUACCAAAGUUUUUGCCGAAAAAGGGUUUCGCGUUAUGGCAUUUUCUCAGAAGAGAAGUACCUCAUGAAUUAUGCGCAACUCGUCAAUCACAGAAAAUAUGGUUGUCACGUACGUUCUUACGCAAACCUGUUCUGUGCUUACCUUAGUAGCCCAUAUUAUUCUGUUAAAUAUUCUUACAUAUAAGUUUCCAUUUUUGUCUCACUAGUUUAGUUUAGAAGAUCGGUACCCGUUUGUCUAAGUUUUAUCCCGUAGAAUUCUUUAUAUUUCUUUAAAUUCUUAAUUUAAAUUCUUUAAAUUUCUUUUACGUGGCAGUGGUUUUCCGUUCGCUACCAUGUGACCUUGGGAGUUUACCUCGAUUCAAUGUUUGAUGUUAUCUUGAAGAAAGAAAAUGUUGAAGAUAUGAAAUCCUACAUUUUUUUUACGUGGGGGGUGAGGGUGGGUUCCAGCGUAAUGAGAAAUGCGUGGACGAAGUGACCCAUAACCUACAUCCUGAUAUAGGCUUGAACACCGAUCAUCAAAAAUCUUCCAUACUCUUUUCCAGAUCACUACGUCGUAGUAUUUCCUUCCAUUCCAACAACCCGACGAAACAAUCUGAAAAAAUGAAGACCGUACAAAUAGUUUCCGUUCGUUUAAGGGAAAAUCUCUUUGGCAAUAUUAAUACUACAUAUUAGCGAUUUUUAGUUAUUGACAUUUUUGUUUUAAUGUUUACGACAAAGCGAAGGUGAUCUUAUAUAGUGAUCUCGGCAUUACACUCCAUAAUGGAUGCAGCAUCAGCGAAGAUCGUGGUACAAUCACGUGCAACAUGACGUUUGUCGAUCAUCCGAUAACAAUGGAUUUGAAGGUGACUGCCUGCUUUAGAUUUGUGAUUUUCGUCUUUGCUUUGUUUUGAAUUCAUUCUCUGCAGAAACUGGCCAGUGGCACUUAAUUGAGACUUCUCACGCACCUGUUUAUACUCAAUACAAGCCGUUUAUACCCAUAAACAGGCGCUCGAUUUAACAAAUCGACAGUGUUCUGCGUGGUCUUUACUCUUAUCUUGACGAUGUUCGUAAUUAAAGUGGUCAAAAUGUUGUAACAAUUUUUACCACUGCGAUGACGAACAUCAUUGUCGACAAGAGUAUUGACCAUGCUAAACCAUGCAUUGUUGAUUUGUUUUUUACCACAAUAUCGAUGUCAAAUAAAAAAUUAUUUUAGUGCGUGACCAUAUUUGAGAGUUGAGAAAGGUAUUGCGCGACACGCUGACGCGUGCGGCGUUGUCUGUCUUCAUAUCGACACUGACGGCAAAUUGGCAAAUAAGAUUGCAACAUUACUGCCAAUUGUGGUAAAAAAUCAGAUGAUCAGUCUACGAAGUAACUAAAAGAACUACAAACAAAAAAUACACACGAUCAGGGAAUGAGUUCCUGACACGACAGAGGAAGAACAACAAGAACUAAGGCAAUGGUUAAUUAAUAGUCUUUCCUCCUUUAUAAAUAAACUAAACAUGAUCUUAUCGCCCGUUAGGUCAAUAAGUACGAUGACCCAGUCAGUAUGACAGCCUCAAUGGACGUACCUGAUCUGCAAAUCUCAUGGUCCCACACUUUCUCCUUCAGCGACACCCAGGAAGUCUCGGGUCGUAACUCAUCGGGUGUCUAUGUUCAAGUGCAACUCACUCAAAAGAGCGAUGACCUUCGUUUAAAUGUAAGUGCUUGUUGAUGGGUCAUCAUGAACGGUAAAAGAGUGUAGCCAAUCAGAGAAGCAUAUUUCGCUUAUGAUGAACCCUUCAAAUUAAGUUAAAUUUUAAUCAUUGACAACUAUACGCUUUACUUAUAUUUAUACCCGCCCCAGUUUUACAGGAAGUUGAGAAUAAUACAUAUCUAAAGAGUUUUCUUUCGAUCCCAAAAGUUACAGAAAUCUUAACCUGGGUAAGUUCACUAUUUUGCUAAGGCAAACGCUUACAUAAGUUGCUUCCGAACCCUCUCCCAGAAACUCAAUUCUACCGAGUCGAGUUUCGUCAUUUAUUGAUCAUAAAUAGCCCGGGUGAAAACUGAGAAUGAGUUUCGUGCAAUAUUCUCACACUGUGCAACUGUACAACACGUGUUACUGCCAGAAGUAACACUAUUCUUACCUCUUGGAGCCGCUGACUUUAUAGUUUUUACCUUCAAUAGGUAAAGCUGUUAGCCAAGGGUAAGACCUCUGGUCAAGAUCUUCAUCCUACAGAAAUGACCGUAAUAGAGGGAAACUUUCUGUUAAAGUCAGACGAACGAGGUAAGUUGUUAUAACUCCUUCAGAAGCCCCGCCACAAUCUGUUCCUGGGAAAAACCAUACCUAGGUUUUUUAUGUUUUAUAUGAAGUUAUCCCACAUUUUAAGAACCUACUUUGAAAUAUUAAAACAAUUUACUACACAUUUGAAAAUUCAGAGCCACUGAAUUUGCGAGUUAAAUUUUACUCUCAGUGGUAAUCGACUUUGCUUUUCUCCUAUGAAAGUUUCACAUGGGGCCACCGAUGACUGGAUCAGAAUAUCCCGUAUUUAUAGCCUUCGUGACCUUGACGGAAUGUAUUUUGGAUAAUUCGGUGUUAACUGGGUAGAUAGUCAAGAUUAUCGAUAUUGGAGACACUUUUUACUCUUUGUGGUUGACUCCGUCGAAAGAAAUCCAUUUACCAUUAACCUGUAUUUAUAGUCUUCAUGACCUUGACGGAAUGUAUUAUGGAUUAUUCGGUGUUAACUGGGUAGAUAGUCAAGAUUAUCGAUAUUGGAGACACUUUUUACUCUUUGUGGUUGACUCCGUCGAAAGAAAUCCAUUUGCCAUUAAAAAAAAUUCAGAAAAUCGACCAUCAAGGGGAAAACACCAUGAGAAAUCCGUAACCUCAUCACUGUGAGGAAUCAGUAAUUAUAUAUUAUCCGGGGGUUAGGGCUCGGAGGAUUUUACUUGUGUCACCAUAACAUUAAACUCGUAAGGCUCCGUACUGAACAUUUUUCUGACCUCCCCACUCCAUUGGCAGUUAACGGGUGGUCAAUUUUCUAAAGUUCCCCCUUCAUACUCUGUUUAUGACGACUGAUAUCCUCUCCGUUCCCCCCUGAAAACCACGUAAUCCCCCAGAAUUCUGCACUUGUUCCCUUCCCCCCCUUCCCGGGCGAUAGAAAAUGACUGGUUCUUCAAAUAGUAGAAAUUGACGGCUCAGAAAACUUUAUAAUGACAGGAAAAAAAAGAAAAGAAAGAAAGAAAGUGGAAACGAGUCUGCCUCAAACGGUCUCUCACUGUGUCUCGGUUUUUGUCGCAGGAAACUUCGAAUGGUGGCAUAAGCUGACCGAAACUGAAAAAGGGGCGGUAAUUGGUGGCCCCCUCUUCGUCAUUUUGUUUGUUAUUUCAAUCAGCUGCUGUUGCUGCUGCAAGCGAUCCAACUGUUGCAGCUGCCGCUGCCGCUGCCGGUGAGGCUACAGUUGUGACAUCAGCAGUUGAUGCCUAUCCGGCGAAAGAACCAUCGUGUGUAGUUUGUUGAAGGCAUGAAAACUAACAAUAAAUAAAUCUUAUAGUCUCGGUCCUCUACUUAAGUUAUUCCUUGAACGACUUCUUCUGAUAUCUUUCCUCGGACUCACUCAAACGGUUUAAGGUCGGUUCAGGUAUCAAAAGUUCAGUUUGAGGAGUAAUAGCGUAGUUUGAUUAAAAUGAUUAUCAAUCAAUGGUGAACCGCUGUCUUGAUUUACGACUGUUGUUGGAUUUUUUUUUCCUCUUUUCUGCGGGAAUCACCAGCGGAAUUCUGCUGCGAGUUGGACGAUAAUUAGAUACUGAUCAUUCAUUAUUUAUCGUCAGGGGAGUAGGGCGAGGUGGAUUUCGGUUAGUUCACAAUAAAAUUUACCCAAUCCCCCAUAGGCCCAUAAGGCUUUGUGGUCUUCUAAUGAUCUUCCCUCAUUGGCAGUCAAUUCUUAAUAGUC